AUGAACAAACGGCCCUCGCCCUCCUUCGACCGGGUGCGUGGCUAUGACCGAGAAAGGUUCGCCGAUGACUACCGUUCUUCUCCCGCCGGCGCCUCCUCCUCCUCAUCCUAUCGCGGAUCGGACUAUACUCGUUCCAGACGAGACUAUGAUGAUCGUCGUCCCAACGGUGGCCGAGGCUAUUACGGCCGUUCCGAUCGAUACGCGGCGGAUUACUCCGGCCGGGGUCCAUCUCCGCGACGUUAUGAACGCUCGAGGGAUCGACGGUAA